ACGCAACAACUGAACAUGUGUUUAAAGGGUGCUCAGAUCAUAAAACGAGCUGCAGUUAAGGUUCUGCUAAGGAAGGCGAGCACAGGCUUGCAGGUACAGCCUAGCUCAGGCGAAAAGUGCUGUCAAGAUCCCCUCCUCAUCCACUACACCAGGCUGUUUUACAGGUACAGAGAUCUGGCCCCACAGCUAGUCCCACUUGACUACUCGGAUAAACCAGAUGUGGUGCUUCCCUAUGAACUCAUCAGCAGCAUGCCAGAGCUGAAGGACAAUCCAUUUCGCCAGCGGAUAGCAGAGGUUUUCUCAGAGGAUGGAGAAGGCAAUAUGACUUUAGAUGAUUUUUUAGAUAUGUUUUCAGUGUUGAGUGAAAUGGCUCCGAGAGAUCUCAAAGCUUAUUAUGCCUUUAAAAUUUAUGAUUUUAACAAUGAUGAUUAUAUAUGCAAGUCAGACUUGGAAAAAACUGUUAACAAACUGACUCGAAAUGAACUUACUCUGGAAGAAGUUAGUCUUGUAUGUGAAAAAGUGAUUGAGGAAGCUGAUCUGGACAACGAUGGCAAACUUUCCCUGGAAGAUUUUCAGCACAUGAUAGUAAGAGCUCCAGACUUUCUCAGGUAACAAAGAACAUAAUAAUUGAGACUUACAGUUAUUCCAGAUGGAGCAAGAGACUGUGCUGCCUUUUGGGAAAUCAGAGCCUUCCAACUGCGGUGUAGAGAGCAAGGCAGGGUGCGGGACAGUGGUUGUGUGUUAUCAGGCUCAAAAAAGGAUACGCGUUGAAUACAAAUAAGAAAGGUGUGUUAUCAGUAUCCACAGAUAAGUGUGCCAAGACUAAUGCUGACAAAUAAACUCCUCCUCUUUUGUCUUCAAGAGGAGGCUGGACAAAUACUUGGCUGGGGCAGUAUGACCCUGGCACCUGUUCCUGCCCGGGGCAGGGGGUCAGACCUGAUGAUCUGUUUAGGUCCCUUCCAACCCUGAGCACUAUGAUACUAUGAAACAAGUGUAACAUAACCAUGAUUUCCUUCGGGAGCAACUGGUCAUUACUGAAUAGCAGCAGCUGUAACACGAUGGAAGAGCGGGCAUAUUUAUUGUGGGUUGCAAAACAUGAUCUUGCAUUUUACCAAUAUGAACAUCAUUAUUUUUGGUUGUCAGGAUCUGGUAUCGUUUGUAGCCGAUUAUCUCACAAACCUUUUUCAACUAAUUGACAAUAAUACGUUAAU